AUGGCUUAUUUCGUUAAUAAAGUAUACAUACUUAUACUUGUUUUUGGACUCAUUGCAGCGGUAGCAACGAUCCAUCCUAAUGAAGUUGCAAACAACCGCUUUGACAUAAGAAAUUUGCAUAAACGAGACUAUACUACUGUAUUCACAACAUAUGUUACAACGUCAACGUAUACCACAUCUUCUCUACUUUGUUCCGAAUGUGCACCACCACCUUAUACCACAUAUGUUACGUACACCAUAUUUACUAAAGUAGAUACAUUAGUAAUCUGGAUACCACCACAAACAACAGAAUCACCAUCAUCACAUACAACAGAAUCACCAUCACCACAUACAACAGAAUCACCAUCACCACAUACAACAGAAUCGCCAUCACCACAUACAACAGAAUCACCAUCACCACAUACAACCAAAUCACCACCGCCUACAACAGAAUCACCGCUACCACCACCUACAACAGAAUCACCAACACCUACACCGGAAUCACCAACACCUACACCGGAAUCACCAAGACCUACAACAGAAUCACCACCACCUACAACGGGAUCACCAACACCUACACCGGAAUCAGAAACACCUACACCGGAAUCAGAAACACCUACACCGGAAUCACCAAGACCUACACCGGAAUCACCGAGACCUACACCGGAAUCACAAAGACCUACAACAGAAUCACCAACAUCUACACCGGAAUCACCAAAACCUACAACAGAAUCACCACCACCUACAACAGAACUACCAACACCUACACCGGAAUCAUCAAGACUUACAACAGGAUCACCGCCGACUGCAACUGAAUCAACGCCACUUACAACUGAAUUAUCACCUACACCGUCGACAGAAUCAUUGACAGCACAAUCGACAAUUCUAUUGUCAACCCCAUCGACUGCCAUAUCGUUAACACAAUCUACUAAUUUACCGCCAACAUCAAGUGAAGCUAGUCCAGCAAUUACAACUGCCACUAAGUCAGCAGCAAGUUCCUUAUACAAUGAAUUAACUACCUUCAAUAUCGCAAUUUGGUUAAUUAGUUUUACUUUUAUUAUUAAUCAAUUAAUUUAA